AUGGCCACCAACACGAACAUCCCCAGCCCGCAAACCGCGCACAAGCUCGCCAUCAACAACCUCCUGCACGUGUUCUCGCAACGCGACGCGGCCAAACGCCUCGAAACCGUCAAAGCCACAUACACGGCCGACGUGCAAUUCCACGAACCGGAUGGCAGCGUGUUUGUGGGCCACGAUGCCGUGAGCGAGAAGGCGGGGGCCCUGCUGGACGAACGCGCCGGAUGGAGGUUCCUGCCCAAGGGAAAUAUCAAGCAGACCGGGGAGAUGAUCUAUUUGGCCUGGGAGUUUGGGCCGGCCGUGGAGGGGAAGGAAUUGGGCGAGCAGGGCUCGGUCGAGGUCAAGGCUACGGGGGCUGAUGUUAUUCUUACGGAGGGGGGGUUAAUCAAGAGGUUUUGGGUGGUCAUUGAUGGGCUGUGUGAUGUGAGGGUGUGA